AUGGAGGCGGCGGCGGCCCCGGCCCCGGGCGGCGGCCCCGGUACCCUGCUGCUCUGCCUGGCCCUCGCCUCCGGCUUGGCGUUCUUCAGCUGCGUGGGCGCCGACACCAACGUCACGGCCGGCCACGGCACCGAGGGGCUCACCUGCGGCACAGGCAAGGGAUGCACAGGGAACGGGACGCAGCUGAGGCGGCAGAGCCACUUCUCCCGGUGCCCGGAGGAGUACCAGCACUACUGUGUCAAAGGGAGGUGCCGCUUCCUCGUGGCCGAGCAGGCACCGGCUUGUGUGUGCGAGCGAGGCUACACCGGGUCUCGCUGCGAGAGGGUGGAUCUGUUCUACCUGCGCGGGGACCAGGGCCAGAUCGUCAUCAUCUCACUGAUCGUCGCCAUCGUCACCCUCAUCAUCCUCAUUGUCGGCAUCUGCCUCUGCAGUCACCACUGUCGGAGGCAGCGCAGGAGGAGAAAGGCAGAAGAGAUGGAAACGUUAAACAAGGAUUCACCUUCCAGAAGUGAAGAUGUGCGGGAAACGGGCAUCGCGUGA